AUGGGGAAAGGAAUGCAAAAGCCAAAUCCUUCUGACCAAGACCAAGUGUUGAAAUGCAACGAUGUGGAGAAAGAUUGCAAAUGGGGCUCCAACACCAAGAAGUCAGACUGGGAAAGAACCCGCUCAUCACGGAGCUUCAUCCCUGUGUGCAUGGUGGUGCUGGUCCUCAUCUUCAUCCUGCUGGUGGCCCUGACUGCUGCCCAUUUGGGACCUCGUUUGCCUCGCCCGGACUUCUCCCACGUGUGCCCAGAUGCCUGGCUUGGUUUCCAAGGGAAGUGCUAUUAUUUUUCUGAGGUUGAGAGCAAUUGGACCACCAGUCAGGAAAGCUGCAAGGCCCUGGGAUCUUCGCUGGCCCUCAUAAGCACCGUGGACGAGCUGAGCUUCGUGAUGAGAUACAAGGGCAUCUCGGAGCAUUGGCUCGGCCUUUCCCGGGAAGCUGAGGAGCAGCCGUGGACAUGGGUGAACAACUCGCAUUUAUCCCCGCUGUUCCAGAUCCGCGGCGGCGGCCUCUGUGCCUACCUGAAUGACAACGGGCUCAGCUCCUCCCGCUGCAGCACCGAGAGGAGCUGGGUUUGCAAUCAGCCCGAGCUGCGGAGCCCGAGCGAGGGCAACGGGACGAGACGGGCUCAAAACCUUUGCGUCAGCUCUUAA